GUUCCAAUAAUGGGAAUGAAUACUUGACCAAUAUCUUGCCAGUUUGUAGUACUUGGUUGCUGAAAACACAUCUGCUCCACCAGGAUUUUUGUGCUGCUGGAGUUUCAUUUUUUAGAAAAGAUAAAGUCCUUAAAGGAGAGAACUAUUGGAACUCAUGAUCGUUUCUUUAUGCUGGAAUUUCAUGUUCGCUUUCCGAUUACGAGAUGUAUUGCCUUUUGCUGUUGAUACUCCUAUUUUGCGGCGAGGGGAAAAGUCAAGAUAAUGUGUUCACUAUCAAUAAAGUUUCACUCCAGGCUUUUCCACAAAAUGAAGUGCGCAAUGGAGACUCACUCAUCCUCAACUGUUCUGUAGACAUUAGCAAGAACGAACAUUUUCGACUGAAUUACACGUUUUCAUUUUUCAAGAAUGGUGACCUUCUGUUUACUAACAUGGUUGAACAAGAUAGCGCUCAGUAUACAAUCUCACAAGCUAGAUUUUCUUCUUCAGGAUACUAUGAAUGUUCAUUAAGUGUUGAGGAGAAAAAAAAAUCCAGUGCUCCUUUGACCAUUAAAGUUGAAGGCAUAGUGAAGCCGAUAUUGAGUGUCCAGAAAACAGAAGUGAUGGAAGGAGAAAAUGUACUUUUACGCUGUGAAGUGCCGGAAGAAAAGCCACCUUUCUAUUUCACAUUUUAUAAAACUGCACAGUCUGCAAAUGGAGUUGAACAUGAGAGGAGACGAACAUCGCAAUAUGAAAAUUUUGUUGACUUAGAAUUUCCCAUUGAUGCCGGAGACAGGAUUUUAUAUUUUGAAUGUGCUGUCCAGAUGAAUUCAAUGACAGGAUCUCAAACCUCGGAGCGCAGUAACCGAACAAUUGUCACCGUGACUCAACCGUUUCGUGUUCCUGAAAUAACCAUCAACCCACCACAGAAUAUUACUGAAGGGGAUAAGAUCUGCAUAACAUGUUCAACUGUUAUGAACAUCCUACUUCACCAGGAUCAAACUGAAAUUAUCUUGCAGAAAAAUAAAACAAUUCUGAAUAGCACAAAGGGCAGAGAGAACCUAAUGUAUUGCAAGGUAGUCAAGAUGGAAGACAAUGGCAAUUAUAUUUGCAAAGUGGAGCAUGGAAGUAUAUCUAAAAUCAACAAAAAAGAACUUGUGGUGGCUGAACUGUUUUCCAAACCGAUGUUAGUGGUUAAUAAAACCAAAUGGGACGAAAACAGCAUCGUAGAAAUUCAUUGUCAAGUGAAUGGUUCAAUGCUGAUUAGUCUCUCACUCAUAAAGGACAACAAAAUAUUGGUAAACUCCAGCAUUUACAGGACUAAACUCCGUGUAUCUGACAGUGGAAGCUAUAUGUGCAGAGCAGAGAUAAACAACAUUUCCAAGGAAAGUGACCCAGUGUUUCUCCAUGUUUAUGCUCCAGUUUCUCUGCCUGUCCUUUCUCAACCAUUUUCCCAAGUCGCUGUACGGGAGAAGUUCUUCGUCUUACAAUGCUACUCAAGCUUUGGGACUCUGCCUAUCACAUACUCCCUUUACAGAGGGAAUAUAAAUAUCAGGCAGAUUGUGAUUGAAGAGAAUGUACCAGCAAAUUUUACGGUCAAAGCCUCUAGCAUCCACGAGUCUGGACAAUACAGGUGCCAUGCUAACAACGGCCACUCUCUUUCACACCAAAGCAAAACGCUAAAUGUCACUAUAAUAGCCCCAGUUGCUAACAUAACCUUUGAAAGAAAACCACAGGAGAACAUAGAAGAUGGCAAUGAACUCUUAUUUUUCUGCUCGGUUGAAUCAGGAUCUUUCCCUAUUGAGUUCCACAUUUUUAAAGAAAAUGACGGCAAAUCCUUACGCCAGUUCAUGGAAAACAAAAAACGGACAGUUAUUUGGCACAGGGACAGCUUCACAAGCCAGGAUGAAGGGAGUUACUUCUGCAGAGCUGACAACCAAGCAAAAUCUUUUGUGGAAAGCCAGAAGAUCCUAGUCAAGG